CAUAUCAUUGAUAUUUAACAAGAAAGCUCACCCACACCCAAACCCUCAAGCUAAGUGAGCAAAUAUGAAAAGAAACUAACUUCUUCAACUUCGUUCCUCGAUUUAUAUUCUAAAACCUCACACUCUGCUCAUUCAAAACAUAGAAGCAGGAAAUAUGUUCAUGCAACAAAUUCAUAUAUCAAAUUCAAGUCCAAUUAUAAGCUGUCUCAUCCUUCACAAGCCAUGCCUCCAUGGGAAUAGUACUCAUCCUUCCCUUCAGGUUUGGUCAAGGCCUUCGUUCUUCCCAAACCAAAAGAAACAAAAAGGGUUUAGGACUGGGUGCAGCAAAAUCAAAGCUGUGGCUGUGAGUGAAAUAGAAAAGAAAUCUGUGAAAGUUAAAGUCACUAUAACUGUUCAGCCAACUGUUGGUGGGUUUUUCUCAGAUCUUGGUUUAGAACGAGGGCUCGAUGAUAUAAGAGAUUUACUCGGUCAAUCACUUCUCUUGGAGCUUGCUAGCACCACGCUUGAUCCUAAGACGGGAUUGGAGAAGGAAACUAUCAAAGGUUACGUCCAUAAGAAGCAACAAUCAUCAGAAGAGGUAAAGUAUGAAGCUGAAAUUGAAGUGCCAGAUAGUUUUGGUGAGAUUGGUGCCAUUCUUGUGGAGAACGAGCAUCACAAGGAGAUGUUCAUCAGGAAUGUUGUACUUGAAGGUUUCCUCACUGGUCCCGUCACAUUUUCCUGCAACUCCUGGGUUCAUUCCAAGUUUGAUAACCCUGUUAAGAGGGUGUUUUUCAGCAACAAGUCUUGUUUGCCAUCUUCAACAUCAGAAGGAUUGAAGAGGUUAAGAGAAGAAGAACUGGAACUUCUACGUGGCAACGGACAAGGCGAACGCAAGAGCUUUGAGAGAAUAUAUGAUUACGAUGUGUAUAAUGAUCUCGGUGAGCCUGACAAUGACGUCGAUCUUAAGAGACCCGUUAUUGGUGGCGACCAACAUCCAUAUCCUAGGCGUUGCAGAACUGGAAGACCUCGUUGCAAAACAGAUCCGUUGUCAGAGGAAAGAAGUAACAGCGUCUAUGUGCCUAGGGACGAAUGUUUCGCAGAAGUAAAGCAGCUAACGUUUUCAACAAAGACCUUAUAUUCGGUAAUGCAUGCACUGGUGCCGGCACUCUCGACAGCGAUAGUUGAUAAGAAUCUUGGGUUUCCUGUUUUCUCAGCUAUAGAUGACCUUUUCAACGAAGGGCUUAGUUUGCCUCCUGCUAAAGCCAGAGGGCUUCUCAGUAACAUCUUGCCAAGGCUGGUUAGGUUUAUUAAAGAUACCGAGCAAGACAUUCUUCGUUUUGAGACCCCCGCAACAAUGAACAAGGACAGGUUCUUUUGGUUUAGGGACGAAGAAUUUGGAAGACAGACCCUUGCAGGUCUUAACCCAUGUUGUAUCGAAGCGGUCACGGAGUGGCCAUUGAAAAGCAAACUUGACCCCAAUGUUUAUGGCCCUCCCGAAUCAGCAAUCACCACGGAAAUAAUUGAGCGGGAAAUCAAAGGAUUCAUUACGGUUGAAGAGGCCAUAAAACAGAAGAAGUUGUUCAUCCUGGAUUACCAUGAUUUGUUAUUGCCAUUGGUAGAGGAAGUUAGAAAACUUGAAGGCACAACGCUAUAUGGAUCAAGGGCAUUGUUCUUCCUUACCCUUGAUGGCACAUUAAGGCCACUGGUUAUUGAGCUAACACGACCACCGAUGGAUGGAAAGCCACAAUGGAAGCAAGUCUUCACCCCUGCAUGGCACUCAACCGGUGUUUGGCUUUGGAGGCUUGCCAAAGCUCAUGUCCUUGCCCACGAUACUGGCUACCACCAACUUGUUAGUCACUGGUUACGAACUCAUUGUGCUACAGAACCUUAUAUCAUUGCAACAAACAGGCAACUAAGUGCAAUGCAUCCAAUCUAUAGGUUGUUGCAUCCACAUUUUAGGUACACAAUGGAAAUCAAUGCUCUUGCCCGAGAAGCAUUGGUAAAUGCAAAUGGAAUAAUAGAGAGCACCUUCACUCCCGGGAAGCAUUCUAUCCUACUGAGUUCAAUUGCAUAUGACAAACAAUGGCAAUUCAACUUGCAAGCCCUCCCUGCUGAUCUAAUCAAUAGGGGAAUGGCCGUGGAGGAUCCAAAUUCUCCUCAUGGCUUAAAGCUAACCAUAGAAGAUUACCCUUAUGCCACUGAUGGCCUCAUGCUUUGGGAUGCUCUCAAAGGAUGGAUCACUGAGUAUGUGAAUCACUACUACUCAGGGUCAAGUCUUGUUGAGUCAGACCAAGAAAUCCAAGCAUGGUGGGAAGAGAUAAGAACAGUAGGACAUGGUGACAAAAAGGAUGAGCCUUGGUGGCCUGUUUUGAAAACAAAAGAAGAUUUGGUUGAAAUAUUGACAACAAUUGUGUGGAUAACAUCAGGGCACCAUGCAGCUGUGAACUUUGGCCAAUACCACUAUGCAGGGUAUUUCCCUAACAGGCCAACCAUUGCAAGAAACAACAUGCCUGUAGAGGACCCUUCAGACCCAGAAUGGCAACUGUUCUUGGACAAACCAGAAGUGACACUAUUGAAGUGCUUCCCAUCUCAAAUUCAGGCCACAACUGUGAUGUCAGUGUUGGACAUAUUGUCAAAUCACUCACCUGAUGAAGAAUAUAUUGGGCAAACCAUAGAGCCAGCUUGGGUAGAGGAUCCAAUUGUCAAAGCUGCAUUUGAAAAGUUUAAAGGGAAGUUGAUGGAGCUUGAAGGUGUAAUUGAUGGGAGGAAUCAAGAUUUGAAAAUGAAGAACCGAAACGGUGCUGGGAUUGUGCCGUAUGAGCUUUUGAAGCCAAGUUCAGAACCAGGUGUCACAGGAAAGGGAGUUCCAUAUAGCAUCUCUAUUUGAGCCUACAUUAUGGAUGUAUGUGUGUAUCAUAUUCAUCUUCCAUUGGUCCCUUUUGAACUGAACUCAUUCUAGUUGACAACUUGAAUAACAGAGAUGGUUUGGCCAAAAACCUUUCCAAUCCAACUUGGUUACAUCUCUUGACACGUCAAAUUGAUUAAUCGUAACUUCAAUUUAAAAUUUAUAAGACAAAAUGUGUAUGAACUUUUACUCUUUUAAUUACUGUUGCUAUAUAUAUAUCAUGAUUGUUUU